AUGGCGAAAUCAGCUGAAAGCCUUGCACUUUUUCAUUCUGUGCCACAGGCAAAUGUCUCUAUAGUCGAGAAGGUGAACUAUGUAAGACUUACAACAUUUUGAAAACGAACCAAAGCUAACCCUAAAAAAGUUGAUCAAUGCUGGCCUGAUUAUCAUCGGCAAAGCAAACCUUAGCGUGCGCCAUGUCUUUGAAAAACUUGUAAGUAUACUGUGUUGCUAAAUAUUAAUUUUUAAACUUAUUACAGGAACUAUCGAACUUCAAGUGCUAUUACAUAGCGGGGAUUAUCAAUAUUUCGCCGCUCACUGACUGUUAAAAGGGGCAAGGAUCCCCUCAGGCGAUUGGUCAGCAGUUGGAGGGCAAACGCAAUCUCCCUACGUUCGUGGAGGAGCUCAAUUCAAUGACUCAAAAGAUGGAAAUAGCGUAUUUUGCAUUCCAAUAUAGCACAUCCACUUUAUUGUACUGACUCAUUCUUCUAGAUGCCCUCUGGAUCGUCUUCUGGGUCGGACGUCGCAGUUGCGGCAGAAUAUGCACCCCUUGUUAUUGGAACGGAAACCAACGAAUCUCUGGUUUGGCCUGCGAGUAGAUGUACACUUUACUCCAUCAAGCCAACCAUUGGGCGUAUCUCUCAAAGCGAAAUAGUCCCCUUAUCACAUGACUGUGACAUUGUGUGGUCCGAUAGCCAAAAUACCCUAUGA